AUGUCUCCUCUCAGCAGCAAUGAUCUCGAACGGAUUUUUGAAAGCCUCGACCGAAAGAUGGAAGGCCAUGUGAGCAUUCAUGAGCUGCAACAACUUCUUGAUAGAGUUGGAAACCAUACAACUCUAGAAGAGCUGGAAAAACUUGUGGGAUCAACAAAUCUUGAUUAUUUUGAUUUUUUCUUCUUCUGCGAAGCAGUAAUAAAGUCGAAAAUAAGUGAAAACAAAGAAGGAAAUUAUGACAGUUUGGAAAGUGAUUUGCUUAAGGCUUUUAAGGUUUUUGAUUUAAAUGGUGAUGGAUUUAUAUCAUGUGAAGAGCUUCAAAGUGUGUUAUUGAGAUUAGGGUUAUGGGAAAAGUGUAAUGGGGAUUGCAAAAAUAUGAUUAAAGUUUAUGAUACAAAUUCAGAUGGAGUUCUUGAUUUUGAGGAGUUCAAGAAUAUGAUGUCCCUUUCUGUUUCUUCAAACUUUUGA